AUGCCCUCGGAAAAUAACAAUGCUAACACUAGCAGGCGACCGGUAAAGGUCGCAAACUGCUCUGGAUACCAUGGCGACCCUGCGUAUGAGAUGUAUCGUCAAGCAACGCUUGGGAAUGUUGACUUCAUCACGGGUGAUUAUCUUGCAGAGGUAAAUAUGGCCAAUAAUGCCCAGGCAUAUCAGAAAGGAGAACAUCCAGGUUAUGAGGAAACAGCCUGGGAAGGAAUUAAGCAGACUAUCGAGGUGAUCUCAGCCAAGAGGAUCAAGGUCAUAAUCAACGGAGGAGCUCUCAAUCCAAAAGGUCUAGCACUCAAGGUAGAAGAGUUGGUACGGUCAAAGGGCUUCGAUCUCAAGGUUGCCUACCUGUCUGGCGACGACCUUUAUUCAAAGUUUGGCCCCAAUAUGCCAAAGUCGAAAGAUGAAAUUCGACAUCUCGACGAAGAUAACCAGUCCAUAAGCCCCGGGCCACUCACAUACGCUUUCCUCAAUAGCGCCAAUCCUGUACCAAUGGUCUCUGCACACGCGUAUCUCGGAGCGCGAGGCAUUGUCGAUGGCCUGAGACGCGGUGCCGAUAUCAUCAUAUGCGGUCGCGUCGCUGAUGCCAGUCCAGUCAUUGCAGCUGCCUGGUACUGGCACUCGUGGAACGAAGCAGACUACGACCAGCUUGCAGGCGCACUAGUGGCUGGACAUUUAAUCGAAUGCUCUGCCUACGUCACUGGCGGCAACUUUUCCGGGUUUGAUCGAUAUCCCAUCGAGAGAUUCGUAAAGCCCGGAUUUCCCAUUGCUGAGAUCGAGUCAGACGGUUCGUGUACAAUUACAAAGCAUUCCAAUACCGAUGGGAUGGUCGACGUCGAUACGGUUCGAAGCCAGUUCUUGUACGAACUUCAGGGAAAUGUCUAUCUCAAUAGCGAUGUCAGCGCCAUAUUGGACGAUAUUAUUGUUGAACAGGCAGGCCACGAUAGGGUUCGCGUUGGCGGAAUAAGAGGCUAUGCUCCUCCCCCGACGACGAAGUUGGCUAUUUUUUAUCCUGGAGGCUUCGAGGCACAGCUACUUCUCAACGCUACGGGGUAUGGGACAAAUACAAAAUGGGACUUGAUCGAAAAGCAAAUCCGUCAUUUCAUACCAGUUCAAGCCUUGAAAAAUGUUGACACCCUUGAGUUCCAGCGUAUCGGUGUUCCAGCUGCCAACCCAGCCUCACAACGGAGUAGCACCACAUACUUAAGAGUUUUCAUUGCUGCAGUAUCGGCCCAGGCGGUAUUUUCUGUGGUGAUGGCCAUGAAGGAAAUCUCACUUAAACACUUCUCUGGCUUACAUUCUUCUCUGGAUCAACGUUGUGCCAUACCACGCCCGUUCUUAGCUUACUACCCAGCAAUCAUCAGCCAGAAUCUUAUUGAUGAGCAGAUCAAUUUUGUUGAAGGACCUGAUAAUGUCGUCUCAUAUUCUACCGGCCAUCCACCAAAUUUUGAACCUCUGGCUCCCCGGGCCAGCUAUGAUCACACACCAUCACUGAGUGAGAUAGCUUUACUAAAAGCACCCAGUCGACGCAUCCGUCUGGGUGUCAUUGCACAAGGUAGAUCUGGUGACAAAGGUGCAAAUCUCAACUUCGGCCUUUUUGUUCCAAAUCCACAGCACUGGCCAUGGUUGCGGUCAUAUAUGAGCCGCACACAAAUGAGAGAGAUGCUUGCUACCGAUGACGACUGGGAUGACUCUUUCUUGGUUGAGCGAGUAGAGUUUCAGAAGAUUCAUGCUGUACAUUUCGUGAUAUAUGGUAUUUUGGGGAGGGGAGUAAGUAGUUCUAGUCGGUUGGAUGGUUUUGGGAAAGGCUUUGCCGAUUAUGUGCGCGAUAAGGUUGUUGAAGUGCCAGCAGAAUUGCUUCCCUUGAAAACGCAUCUAUGA